GGCACUUUGGGUGCGUAUGGGAGAGGAAAACGACGGGCAGGAUACAGCUCUGCCCUCUCCCACACACAAAGGGCCCAGCCCUGACAUGCCACAGCCCCUCUCCUCUGGCGGUCGUGCCCCCCUGUCCCACCCUGACACCCCUGUGCCCCUCCAGGUCUCAGCACCCUUUGAGGUGCCGCUGGGGCUACCCACAGAGCCAGGGCGGGCGAAGGCAGUGGCGACGCGAGAGAGCACCGGGGCACUGAAGGCUUGGCUGGCACGACACCCCAGGAACCCCUAUCCCAGCAAGGGGGAGAAGGUGAUGCUGGCUGUGGUCAGCCGGAUGAGCCUCACCCAGGUCUCCACCUGGUUCGCCAAUGCCCGCCGGCGCCUCAAGAAGGAGAAAAAGGCGAGCUGGGCCACACAGAGUGCCUCAGAUGGUGAGGACAGCGAGGGAGAGGGGGUUCCAUCAGGUGCCGUCCCCACUCCCAGUUCCAGCCCUGCUCAGGAUGGGUGCGGGGGCAGCCCCGAGGUGACGGCAGGCCCUGGGCAGGACAAGCAGCCCCAGAAACCCAAGAUCUGGAGUGUGGCAGAGAUGCUGGAAUCUUCACCCAGCAAGAACGGGUGUCCAGCGGUGCCGGAGCAGGUAUAGAACAGGGACAGUCAUGUCCUGUCCCCAAAGGAUGACAGGAGAGACAGGACCCAGCAGCUGCCUCAGCAA